AUGAAAGUAACUGUUGAGAACGUACAUGAAACCAUCAACAAGACAGACGAUGAAACUACCUGUCUGAAGAACCUUAAAGCCCUUCUCUCAAAAUUGGACUCGGUGAAAGCUAAACAACUCUGUGAGGAGCAUCAUAACCCUACCACACAAAAAUACUAUACCUACUAUAAGUAUAGCUUCACUGGUGAUGCCUUAUGUAGAGCACUCGAUAAAGGUCAUCAUAACGUGAUGAAAUAUUUGCUUGAUGAAAUUAAGGUAAAUCCUAACGCCACCAGGAAUGAUACAUCCACUGUAAGAUAUGGCAAUGAUUCUUCCACUUGUCUGUAUGGAGCUGUUACAAAGAAGGAUCACACAGCAAUGAAAAUUCUCUUGGAAAGAGGUGCUGAUCCUAAAAUUAAUAGAAGCUACACAUGCACCUAUUAUGAUUCAAGUGAUAUGCCUAGAGAUGUUACCAACGUUUCAACAUCACCAAUCUGUGCAGCUUUAGAAAAUGAGGAUUUGGAAGCUGUUAAAUUACUUUUGGAAUAUGGAUGUGGAAAUGGUGUGAAUGAUAGAAUUGUUUGUGAUGCCUAUUCUAAUUCAGUUGAGUCUGAAUCCAAAUCCAAUGCUGUUGAUAUGGCAAAUCAUUUGGGUGGUGAAUACAUUGAACUUUUCAAACAGUUUAAUCUUAUCCAAUAA